AUGAAGCUCUCAAUUGCUUUUGCAGUAUUGGCGUCAACUUGCACGGUUCGCGCCUUCCAACAACCUGCCUCACCUACCAGAAAGAUCACAAGUCUCAACACAAUUGCUUUGAAUCCAUUCGGAAACAACAAAGUCGCACCGCCACAGCCAGAAGAACCGGAGAAGAAAGAUGAGUCGUCGUUUGACAUGACUGGGAUUGCAGUCUCCGGUUUGAAUGGAAAAGUAUUACAAGUAAAGCCUGAGGAUUUCCCCGAGCAAAUGGCAUUGCGUGCCGUCAUCCCAAACGAUUGUUUCGAAAUAGACACAGCGACCUCAUUGGGAUACUUGAGUGUUUCAGUGGUCGGCACAGCUAUUUGCAGUGCUAUUGGCGUUGCCAUGCUUGGAUUUCUUCCACCUGAAAACGUUUUUACUUGGCCAAUCUGGACCGCCUAUUCCGCCGUCACUGGUACUGUUGCUAUGGGACUCUGGGUUUUGGCACACGAAUGUGGUCACGGUGCUUUUUCCAAAAAUAAGACGAUCCAAGACACUGUCGGCUACGUUCUUCACAGUUUGUUUUUAGUUCCUUACUAUUCUUGGCAAAGAUCACAUGCCGUCCACCACCGAUACACAAAUCACAUGGAACUUGGAGAAACGCACGUUCCAGAAGCUGUGGGCUCGACAAGUGAGGGAUCAAUUGGUAUCCGAUCCAAGUUGAUGGAGACAUUUGGACGAACUGCUGGAAUCAGAAUGUGGGGAGUGCUGCAAGGAUUUUUGCAUUUGGUUGUCGGAUGGCCCGCUUACUUGUUGAUUGGUGCUACUGGAGGGCCUGAUCGCGGACUUACUAACCACUACUGGCCUGACCCAUUGACCGAACCUAACCAACCAAAGAAGGAGCUCUUCCCUGGCAAGUGGAAGGAAAAGGUUUUCAAGUCUGACAUCGGAGUUGCAUUUGUUGCGGCAUCUGCAAUUGCGUGGGCCGCAUGUAAUGGCAUUCCUCAAAUGAUGGCCCUUUACGGUGGACCUCUGAUUGUUGUCAACGCAUGGUUGGUCUUGUACACUUGGCUUCAACAUACAGAUGUCGAUGUUCCUCACUUUUCUGAUGAAGAUCACAACUUUGUCAAGGGUGCCUUGCACACCAUCGAUCGCCCAUACGACAAAUUGGACCCGUUUGGAGCCAUCAACUUCUUGCACCACAACAUUGGAACAACCCAUGUUGCCCACCACUUCGAUUCUUCGAUCCCUCACUACAACGCACAGAAGGCCACUGAUGCCAUCAAAGAGGCAUACCCAGAUUUGUAUUUCUAUGAUCCAACCCCAAUCCCAGAAGCUGUCUGGCGUAUUUGCAAGGGGUGCUCAUCCGUCGAGAAGCGUGAUGACAAAUGGGUCUGGAACAACGAGGGUGUUGAAGACUUGCUCUAA